UAAGUGCACGCUGAGUGCAACCCAUUCUACAGAAGAGGAAGCUGGGGAUAUGGCAGGGCUGAAGCCAAGCUGAGGCUCAGACCCAUGCUCUUCUGACUCCAGCCUGUGUUCUCAGCACCAAGGUAGGGGUUCUGGGCCCUGCCCUUCUGGAGCUCAUAGCCUUCUAGGCUUUCAGCAAACUUACCUAGGGCCGCACAGUGCGAGAGAUACAUUGGUGAUAAGCAGUCCCAGGUCAUUUCUUCAGAGCUCCUGGUCCAGUAUCAGAUAGUGACGGCUCAAAUGGGUCAGGGUUGGGAUGGGGAAGCAAGGUGCAACCUGGGAAUCCAGAAGGGCUUCCCCUUAGGAACUGGUCACUUCUGAGACUCUCAUCCUUUUCUGUCAUUCUCUCCCAGUCUGCACUUCUCACCUUCUGGAUCUCCGAGACUGUUUCCCAAUUUUUUCAUUCUGUAAACCCUCUCUCUAGUCUCCUUGAGUGUUUAUCUUUCUCUGUGAGUGCCCCUGUUUGUCCCUUGCUAUGCCUCUGUAUCUCUCUGAAUCAGUUCUCUCUGUAUCUGUGGGUCUCCUCCCAUCUCUUCUCAGCUCCAAGCUUGUCUCUGCCUGUCUGAAGAAGUGUCCAUGCAGGGCCUUGAAUACCAACCAGACUAAAAGCUUAGACUUUGCCACAAAGGCAGCAGUUGAGACAGUUCAAGCAGGGAACUGGCAUCACAGAUCUGCACUUUAGAAAGUCCUGAGACUACUGUGGGCUGGAGGCCUAGAAAGGGCGGGGGCAGGGAUGAAGCAGAGUGGGAGAUUGCAUGGUUCCAGCAUGAGGAAGGGAUGAGGGUCUCCCAGGAGCAUAGUGGUCAGAACCCUGGAUUGUUGGGGGUAAGAGGGGAAGUGGGAAACAAUGCCAGUCUCAGAAGUUAGCCACUCAGGAGAGGUGUCAAAUUCCCUCUGUUUGUCUUUCGCCUUUACUGCCCCCUCUCUGAUGUCACAUUUUCCAGUCUGGUCAGAGGGUGAGGGCCUCCUUCUCCAGCAGGAAGUGCCCUUCAGUCCCCUGCCACCUGGGCUGGACCACCCAGCCUGGGGACCCUCAAACCCCACCCCACCCCCAUAUCAUUAGCCCUCCCUACUCCUGCUCAGCCUCUGCUGACUAACCGCAGGGGCAAAGGAGGAGAUAAGGAAGGAGAAUAAUGCCAGAAAAUGGGGUUUUAAAGUGUGCAUUUAAAUCUUCCUGAGAACAGAGAGAAAUUGAUUGUGAGUUGAGAGACAGAUGGACAGAAAUGGAAGGGUGGGGAAGGAAGCAGAAAAAUGAAGAAAUAUGAGUACUGUGAGGCAGUACAAUGGGACUGGAGAUGGGUAGAAGAGAGAGGCUCAAAAACAAAGACCUGGGGAAGGUUGCUGUGUCAUUGGAAGCAAGUUAUAGACAUCAUAAUACUUCACCCCUAAAUAUCUCAGUGUUCAUUUCAUUAUAGAGACAUCAGUCAUAUCAUGAUACCACUGUCACAUCUAAGAAAAUUAGUAAUUCUAUAUGUCAUAUUCAGUUUAUACUCAAAUUUCCCAUUUGUCCCAAACUAUUACAGCAUGGAAGGGCAUGGACUCUGGAGAUGAAGAAAGUCUCCCUCAAUUUCCUCUUUUCAUAAAAUAGAGAUCAGACUUGUACCUACCUCAUAAGAAAAUUAAAUGAAGGCCCAUGGCACUGUUGGUGGCAUGCAAUGAGCCCUCAAUAAAAUGUUAGCUAUCAGUAUUACUGUUAUUUUUGUUGUUGUUGUUAAUCCUCCACACCCAAGGAUAUUUUUUAGAUUGAAUUCUAAUUUUUUUUUUUUUUUUUUUAGAGUGGAAGGGAGGGAGGCAGAGACAUGUUGAUUGGUUGCCUCCCGCAAGCGCCCCAACCAGGGCAGGGGAUGGAGCCUGCAACCCAGGUAUGUGCCCUUAAUCGGGAAUUAAACCUGCAGCCCAACCUGGGCGGGCUAUUUCUGUUGUUAUUGUUUAUUUUUUUAAUGCUAUUGUUAUGAGCGAUGCUGCCCAAGAGCAGCCCCGGAAUGCCCUCAAAGCCCUGGAAGGGGAGAACUCAAAGCCUGAUCAGGCCUCCCCUCCAUCCCAUCCCCCUCAGUCCCCCUGUGGAUUGUGACGUAGGCAGACCAAGGGUCUGGCCGGAAAUCCCCCUUCCUGUUGCAGAUAAGCCUGGACCAGCCCAGUUGUACCCAAACCCUCCUCCCCACCUCCACCACCCAUUUCGCAGAAUCAAGUCCCCAAGAUGGAGAACCUGUCCACCAAGCCCCCUGCCCCACUCCCAUCACCCCCCUGUAUCCCCCAUUGCCCAGCCUGCUGUUCCCCAAGCUUCUGUCCAAGUCCUAGCCAUCCCUGCAGCAGGACAGCCCCAGCUACAGGAGGCUGGUGGCCAUCCCUGAGGGGGGGAGGCGAGAGGAGUGUAGCUCAGCCCCGCCCAGCCCCCUGCAACUCGACCUAGCUUCAACCCCCAGCUCUGACGUCUUGGAAAAUUCCCCCCUGUCCAGGCCCCCAGGGGAGGGGAUGCAUGGUAUGAAAUGGGGCUGAGACCCCCAGGUGGGGACAGAGGAACCCACCAGAGGUGAGCCAUCAUGAACUGGGGACUGGGGGUCUGGACUACUGGGUCUGAGGAAAAAGGGCUGAGGUCCCUCCUGGUCUGGGCAAAAAGGACACUGGAGGCCAAGAUUCCAGGGUCUUGGGGAAGAAGGGAGCAGAGGGCUGAACUACUGUGUCUGAGAGAAGCAAGGGCUGGGGCCCAGACUGCAGGGUCCCUACGUGUCCCCAGCUCACCCUGUGCCUUUCCGCCCCUGCCCAGAACAUUCACAACAAGCAUCCAUGGACUUGUGGAAGUGGGAUGAAGCAUCACCACAGGAAGUGCCCCUGGGAAACACACUGUCAAGGCUGGAAGGAGCUGAGCUCGGCUUCUGUUUCCCUGAAGUGGCGCUCCAAGGGGACACACUGACAGAGACAUGCUGGAAAGGACUCCCACACUGGGACCGGAGCUCCGCGUCACCGCACCCAGAAACUCCAUGGGGGGCGGGUGAGUGUGUGCGGAGAGGCGGGGAAGGAGUCUGGGGUCUUUCACCAUGGCUGAAGUUUAGCUUCCCUGACUUUUUGAGGGAGAAUGGAGAUAGGACUGGGGACGCUUGUGUCCUCCACGUGGCCUGGCCCAGAUCCGGGAGCCAGGGGACUCCUGAGGCGGCCAGGGGGCGGGACAGCUGGCCUCCCCUCACUGCGGUCUGUUCCUCCUCGCAGAGCACGCCUCUCAGGCUCCUUCGUGGUCAGGAGACUGGAUACAACGGGGAUGCACCGGGUGGGACGCUUGGAGCCGAGUCCCGCCGGCGCUGGGCCCCGCCCCCCCCGCCCCCUCCGCUGAGUCUCCGGGGGUCGCAGGCCACAACACUACCACCUCCGCGGGCGGGACCCACUCGUGGUCGCGUGCCCCCACCACAGCGAGCUCCCCCGGCCGGGACUGUCCCUUUGGCUCCCACGGCGCCGCAUACUGGAGCCAGGGCCUCCGCGCGGAGGGGCGCGCCGACUCCAUUCCCUGGAGCGGGCCUGGGGCCUCCGACUGUCCCACCUCCUGGGACAUGGGGCUGCAUACGGCUUGCCCCACCUCUUCCAAGGAGCACCAGAGUUCCGAUCUCACCGCUUCCUCCGAACCGAAGCAGCAGUUGGACCGCGCAAGUUUGGCUCGUUACCCCAAAACUAACCACCGAGGUCCCAUUCAGCUCUGGCAGUUCCUCCUGGAGCUGCUCCAAGACGAGGCGCGCAGCAGCUGCAUCCGCUGGACAGGCAACAGCCUGGAGUUCCAGCUGUGCGACCCCAAAGAGGUGGGGCAGCCUCCCAGACCCGCCCAGUCCGGCCCUAGUCUCCUCCAGUUUCACUCGGCACCACCAUUCAUUUUGCCUCGCCCUUGGUCCGCCCAGCAUGCCCUCACCUCAACCGCACUCUGCCCUACCUAACCUGUGUCCGGACUUUACGGAACCCUGCCCAUCUCUUGCUAAGCCCUCCCGCUCCCACCUUCUCUGACUAAGCCUGGCCUUCGCCCUAGGUGGCGCGACUGUGGGGUGAGCGCAAGAGAAAACCCGGCAUGAAUUACGAGAAGCUGAGCCGAGGCCUGCGCUACUACUACCGCCGGGACAUCGUGCGAAAGAGCGGUGGGCGCAAGUACACGUACCGCUUUGGGGGCCGCGUGCCCGGCCUAGCUUAUCCAGACGACGCUGGGGCUAGGGCCCGACAGGGAGCAGCAACCCAAUAAAAAUACCCGGUCAAACUUC